GGGGAAGUGUUAGAGCGGUGCACAGCAUGGGAUGAAGCAGGAGGUGGCGGCCGGAAGCUCGGUUGGCAGAGGCGGAAGUGGCCGGUUGUCACGCCGUGCAGUGCUGGGGCAUGGCGGUGCCGGUACCCGCGGGGGCUGCGUGAUGUGAGCACCAUGGCCAAGCUGGAGGGGAUGUGUUUCUGGGAGCACACCCUGCGGGGGGCUCGCUAUGUGCUGGCUCCCAUGGUGGAUCAGAGCGAGCUGGCCUGGAGGUUGCUCAGCCGCAGACACGGCGCCCAGCUCUGCUACACCGCCAUGCUGCACGCCCAGGUCUUCCUCCGAGACGGCAACUACCGCAGGGAGAACCUGUACUGCGAGCUCAGCCCGGAGGACCGGCCCCUCAUCGUGCAGGUGGGAGUCACAUGGAGCAGCAACAUGGCACCCACCGAGCAGGGGGUCCCCCCCAUCCCAUCACCCCUAAUGUAACCCUAACAUGGACCAGCAACCUGGCACAUCAUCCCUAAUGUAACCCUAACAUGGACCAGCAACCUGGCACCUCACCCCUAAUGUAACCCUAACAUGGACCACCAACCUGGCACAUCAUCCCUAAUGUAACCCUAACAUGGACCACCAACCCGGCACCUCAUCCCUAAUGUAACCCUAACAUGGACCACCAACCUGGCACAUCAUACCUAAUGUAACCCUAACAUGGACCACCAACCUGGCACCUCAUCCCUAAUGUAACCCUAACAUGGACUACCAACCUGGCACAUCAUACCUAAUGUAACCCUAACAUGGACCACCAACCUGGCACAUCAUCCCUAAUGUAACCCUAACAUGGACCACCAACCCGGCACCUCACCCCUAAUGUAACCCUAACAUGGACCAGCAACCUGGCACCUCAUCCCCAAUGUAACACUAACAUGGACCAGCAACCUGGCACCUCAUCCCUAAUGUAACCCUAACAUGGACCACCAACCUGGCACAUCAUCCCUAAUGUAACCCUAACAUGGACCACCAACCUGGCACAUCAUACCUAAUGUAACCCUAACAUGGACCACCAACCUGGCACAUCAUCCCUAAUGUAACCCUAACAUGGACCACCAACCCGGCACCUCACCCCUAAUGUAACCCUAACAUGGACCAGCAACCUGGCACCUCAUCCCCAAUGUAACACUAACAUGGACCAGCAACCUGGCACCUCAUCCCCAAUGUAACACUAACAUGGACCAGCAACCUGGCACCUCAACCCUAAUGUAACCUUAACAUGGACCACCAACCUGGCACAUCAUCCCUAAUGUAACAUGGACCAGCAACAUGGCACCUCAUCCCUAAUGUAACACUAACAUGGACCACCAACAUGGCACCUCACCCCUAAUGUAACAUGGACCACCAACAUGGCACCUCACCCCUAAUGUAACAUGGACCAGCAACAUGGCACCUCAUCCCUAAUGUAACACUACCAUGGAGCAGGAACCUGGCACCCACCGAGCAGGGGGUCUCCCCCAUCAUCCCUAAUGUAACCCUAACAUGGACCACCAAACUGGCACCUCAUCCCUAAUGUAACACUAACAUGGACCACCAACCCGGCACCUCACCCCUAAUGUAACCCUAACAUGGACCACCAACCCGGCACCUCAUCCCUAAUGUAACACUAACAUGGACCACCAACCCGGCACCUCACCCCUAAUGUAACACUAACAUGGACCACCAACCUGGCACCUCAUCCCUAAUGUAACACUAACAUGGACCACCAACCUGGCACAUCAUCCCUAAUGUAACCCUAACAUGGACCACCAACCCGGCACCUCAUCCCUAAUGUAACACUAACAUGGACCACCAACCCGGCACCUCAUCCCUAAUGUAACUCUAACAUGGACCACCAACAUGGCACCUCAUCCCUAAUGUAACCCUAACAUGGACCACCAACAUGACACCUCAUCCCUAAUGUAACACAAACAUGGACCACCAACCUGGCACCUCAUCCCUAAUGUAACACUAACAUGGACCACCAACCUGGCACCUCACCCCUAAUGUAACACUAACAUGGACCACCAACAUGGCACCUCAUCCCUAAUGUAACCCUAACAUGGACCACCAACAUGGCACCUCAUCCCUAAUGUAACCCUAACAUGGACCACCAACCUGACACAUCAUCCCUAAUGUAACACUAACAUGGACCACCAACAUGUCACCUCAUCCCUAAUGUAACACUAACAUGGACCACCAACCUGGCACCUCACCCCUAAUGUAACACUAACAUGGACCAGGAACCUGGCACCUCAUCCCUAAUGUAACACUAACAUGGACCAGAAACCUGGCACCUCAUCCCUAAUGUAAUACUAACAUGGACCAGGAACCUGGCACCUCACCCCUAAUGUAACACUAACAUGGAGCAGGAACAUGGCACCUCAUCCUUAAUGUAACACUAACAUGGACCAGCAACCUGGCACCUCAUCCUUAAAUAACACUAACAUGACCAGCAACCUGGCACCUCAUCCCUAAUGUAAUACUAACAUGGACCAGGAACCUGGCACCUCAUCCCUAAUGUAACACUAACAUGGACCAGCAACCUGGCACCUCAUCCCUAAUGUAAUACUAACAUGGACCAGGAAUCUGGCACCUCAUCCCUAAUGUAACACUAACAUGGACCAGCAACAUGGCACCUCAUCCCUAAUGUAACACUAACAUGGACCAGCAACCUGGCACCUCAUCCCUAAUGUAACACUAACAUGGACCAGGAACCUGGCACCUCAUCCCUAAUGUAACACUAACAUGGACCAGCAACAUGGCACCUCAUCCCUAAUGUAACACUAACAUGGACCAGCAACCUGGCACCUCAUCCCUAAUGUAACACUAACAUGGACCAGCAACAUGGCACCUCAUCCCUAAUGUAACACUAACAUGGACCAGCAACAUGGCACCUCAUCCCUAAUGUAACACUAACAUGGACCAGCAGCAUGGCACCUCAUCCCUAAUGUAACACUAACAUGGAGCAGCAGCAUGGCACCUCGUCCCUAAUGUAACACUAACAUGGAGCAGGAACCUGGCACUCACCGAGCAGGGGGUCCACCCCAUCACCCCUGAUGUAACGCUAACAUGGACCACCAACAUGGCACCUCAUCCCUAAUGUAACACUAACAUGGACCAGCAACAUGGCACCUCAUCCCUAAUGUAACACUAACAUGGACCAGCAACAUGGCACCUCAUCCCUAAUGUAACACUAACAUGGAUCAGCAACAUGUCACCUCACCCCCAAUGUAACACUAACAUGGACCAGGAACCUGGCACCUCAUCCCUAAUGUAACACUAACAUGGACCAGGAACCUGGCACCUCACCCCUAAUGUAACACUAACAUGGACCAGCAACAUGGCACCUCAUCCCUAAUGUAACACUAACAUGGACCAGCAGCAUGGCACCUCAUCCCUUACCCCACACUAACACGGGGUUUCUCACAUUCUCCCACAAUGACUUGGGGCUUUCCAUCCCAUUCCUUAUCUCAUUAAAACAUUACCUUUAAUACCUUAUUUCACACAGACGUAGAGCUCCCCACCUCAUCUAAUCGCACACUUGGAUUGUGUUUUCCACUUGAUUCCACACUCACAUCGGAAUGGCAACAUUUAGACUGAGAUAGCCCAAGUGUGACUGUACAUGAAUUAGUGGGUUUUUAUCAAACCAGCUAUUUAAAAAAAUAAAAUAAAAAAAUGACUUUUUGCCUAAACUGCGCAAUCCACAUUUUACCUUGCUUUAAUUUGGUGUUUAAUGAAUAAUCCUGAUGGUGUUUACCACCUGACCCCUCAAUCCCAUGUUCAUAUUAACCCAUUAAUAUUUCUCGUUGUAGUUUUGUGCAAAUGACCCAGAAGUUUUUGUUCAGGCUGCGCUUUUAGCUCAGGAUUACUGUGACGCCAUUGACUUGAAUCUGGGCUGUCCUCAGAUGAUUGCGAAGAGGGGUAAGGAAUUAGUCUAUCAGUGUUAUUUAAAAACCAUAAAUAAUAAACUAAAUUUUAAUUAUACUUGUAUGCAGCGAUGCACACAAUUUAAACAAGUUCUCUGUCAAUUAGAUUUUAUUUUUGUAUGUUUUAUCUAUUGCUCUAUCCUCUUUAGCUUAGUAUAUUGUUCCUUGACAUGUGCUCAAUAAGUGGUCCAUCUCCAUCUUCUGUCCAGGUCAUUAUGGAGCCUUCCUUCAAGAAGAGUGGGAUCUCCUAGAGAAGAUGAGUAAGUGUUUUUCAUGGUAUCGAUGGUCCUCACCAUGCUUUUAUUUGUUUGUCAGAUAAGUUUCACUCACUGUGGCUUCUGCUUCCUAGUUCAGUUGGCGCACAAAAAACUCUCCGUGCCCAUUACCUGCAAAAUCAGAGUUUUUCCUGAAAUUGACAAAACUGUAGAAUAUGCAAAAUUACUGGAGAAAGCCGGGUGCCAGGUGGGUCUCCUGUACCUUAUAUUUUUAUUCCACGUAAGAUAUUUAUUUAAAGUUGCAAAAGUGUGUUAAAUAUUGCUUUGCUUAAAAGAACACUAGAGGCAAAUAAAAAACUUAAUUUUGCUGAAGUGCUGUUUGUGUCUGGAGUCUAUUUUUAUAAUUUUUUUCUGUUUAUAAAAGUGCAAAUUUCUGUAGAAAUCAGCACUUUUAUAUCUGGGGUCAGAAACCGCUUCCUGGGUCACACAGCAAAGGAUGGUUUUUACCACUCCUAGCUCCACAGAAAUGAUGGAAGUGGCAGGCGUGCUGGGCUAUGGUAACCUACCGUCCCCUCUUCUAAAUGAACUAUACUACAGCUCACCUGGAAGCAUUGCAAAGCUGUGAUCAUGUGGGUGCAUGUUUUUGCUCACAGCUCUAUCAUAGACUUCUCAAAGAGCAGCCUCUGACUAUUGUAUUCUGUGGCACAGACCAUAUGGACUUGCAAAGGCUGCAGGCAGCAGGUCUAUGCCACUUUUGCAGCAUUUUCCAGUGUGUUAUCUUUCUGAUUUUGUGAUGUUCUAGUUAAAGUGUCAUGCCAGGUUCAACUAAAUGUAGAACAGCUCCUAAAGCGAAAAACAUAUAAUUUGUCAUCGAGAUGAAUUAUAGUGAAUUGAUUUUGAGCGGUUAUACUUACCUGCUGUCACUCGCUCCACUGCUGCCAAUCCUGGAGAUUUGAGUGUUCUACAUUAUUGUAACACCCACCACCUGUUCUCCUUGCUGUCUUCCCCCCCAUGCACAUUGAUUGGCAUUGCUUGGUUUCUUUCUGAAGAAGGGCAAUCCUUCCUGUUGCCUCCAGCAUGCUGGCUUUACUUCCAACACAUCUGGUGUCAGAACAGAAUAUCGUCUGUUUCUUAUGCUUUUUGUAAAAUAUCUGUGACAGAGCAGUAAAACAACUGGUAGGAGGGUUUUCCUGUAUUCUGUCACUCAACCCUUGCCAUGGACAGCUGCCACCAUAGAGGUGUCUUUGCCAACGGUUUAACUGGUAACAACACUGCAUUUAAAAUAAUCCUGGUCAGACCACCUUUCCAGUAAGUGCCCCUGGGCAAGACACCUAAUGAUAUAUAUCUACCUACCUCAAAUCCUUGUAGAUUGUAAGCUAAUGUAAGCAGCGCCUUAUGUCAAAUAUCCCAAUUCUUUAAUUGUAAAAGCAUUGCAGAAUUUGUUGGGGCUGUAUCAAUGCUAAUUAUAAUAAAUGAGGAGGUUGGCAACAUUUUAAAGAGGUUUUAAUUAAAAUCUCUGCAUUUGCUAGCACAGCGAAUUGAUGAAAUCUGAUGUUUUUCAUUUUAAUGGGAUUUUCUGGAUACAAUGAGAGGGACCCUGCACUACUGCAUAUUCUAGUUGUUAUGGUGCAAACGUCAAACGAAGAUGGUUUUCCUUUUUGGAAAGUGACAGAUCCAUUAUCUAAGGUUGAUUUGAUGAAAGUCGUUAUUGUCCCCUUUUUUUGGUCACUUUUCCUCUAACUAGUAAUAUCCUGUUAUUUAGCUGCUCACAGUUCACGGCCGUACGAAGGAGCAGAAAGGUCCGUUGACUGGCGUUGCAUCCUGGGAACAUAUUAAAGCUGUUCGGUGAGUCUGUAUCCAUUUACAGUUUUCUGCCUAUUAAACCCUUGUGUGUAGGACAAAACUGUCCAUCACUUAGUCUAUGGUAGACUGAAAUGCAGUGGCUGGAGUUAAAGGACUACUAUAAGCAACCAGACCACUUCAGCUCAAUUAAGUGGUUUGGGUGCCAGGUCCCUCUAGUGUUAACCCUGCUGCUGAGGGUUAAUCCAGCUUCUAGUGGCUGUCUCACUGACAGCCGCUAGAGGUGCUUCCGCGAUUCUCGCUGUGAAAAUCACAGUGAGAAGACGCUGGACGUCCAUAGGAAAGCAUUGUGUAAUGCUUUCCUAUGGACUGUAAGCAUGCAAGGCUCUUACCGCGCAUUCAGCGCUGACGUCACCUAGAGGAGGAGAGUUCCCCAGCGCAGAGGGAGCCCGGCGCUGGAGAAAGGUAAGUGAGUGAAGGGGGGCCAUGAGGGUGGGGGGGAGUUUGUUUUCCUGGCACUAUAGUGGUUCUUUAAAAUAAAAGCACAUGUAUUUUUAUUUUUUUUCAGUCUCCUGCAAUUACUGAUUAUUUAUUUUAUUUUUUCCCUCCUGCUAGAAAUGCAGUAAGCAUACCGGUUUUUGCUAAUGGGAACAUCCAGUACCUUGGGGAUGUGGAGCGGUGCAUUCUGGAAACGGGGGUGCAAGGUGUGAUGAGUGCAGGUUAGUUCUGAUGAGUGCAGGUUAGUUCUCAUGGCAUUAUUCUCCUUUUGGUUUAUGUUCUCAUAGCAGCCACUGAUUGGUGUCAUUCCUCACAGCCAUCAUGGUAUCUCAGGAUUAGGUCUUAAUUUGAGUCCUAUAACCUGCUUUGGGUUAUUUAUAUGGUGUCCUGAUUCCAAGGGCCAAUGAUUAUUUCAAGGAGCCGUCUAGACACCAUCACCACUGCAUGUCAUUAUUGUGGUUAUGGUGCCAUUAGGCUGCAUGUUCUGUGUCCCAGUUUGUGGUUAAACACUUGUCAAUUGGUUUGACAGAAACUGGGGGUCUCUGAGACAUCUGCAUCAUAUUCCCCUGCUGGGCUGUUAACGUGAAAACUGCCGUUCUCUGCCUGUGAAUACCAUUAAAAUAUGAACAAACCUGAUAACCAUGCAGAAGCAAAAUAAAAAAAAAGGUUUGUUAGCAGUAACCGAGCCUAUGGUGCCCAGAAUACUGCUUUAAGAGCGCAUGUUAUACAAUGCAGCGCUGACUGGAAUAGUGUCUCUUUUAAAGGAACACUAUUACUGUUUUCCUAACAGUAAAGUGUCCCUCUGCUCCCUCCCACGGAAGUUAAAGGGACUUACUUUAUUCCAGCACUGAGGUCCCUUGGAGCUGGAUUCUUGCUCCACCUCUUCCAAUGUCAGCCCAGAGGGGCAACCUAAUGCACAUGUGUGGCCAAACCACAUAGGAAGGGCCUCUAGAGGCAGUUUUAGCGUACAGUGUAAAUAUUGUUGUUUUCUUUCUAACGGAAUGUUGUAAUAUUUAACAUUGGGGGACAGGGACACUGCACCCAGACCACUUCAAUGAACUGAAGUACUCUGGAUGCCUAUAGUUUUCCUUUAAGCAAAACCCUGUUACAUUUCAGGCGAUCACUCCCCAAAACUGGUAAGUUGGUAAUGGAAUACACCAUUGCAGCUACUUAAAUAUAUCCAUAGGUUCUAUAUUUAUUUUUCGGUUUGUUAAUAGUAAAAGGACACUCCAGGGUAAUGAACUUUCCGCAGAAAAACACCAGUUGUGAGAGUGAGCAUUAAUAUAGAUAUAAAUUGGGACAAAAUGAUCGCUUGGAGCGCAGAACAAAAAUAGACUGAAUCAUAAUCUGAGUAACUACAGAUUGUUCACUGACAGCGACGGAAACAAAGUGGAAAACCAUUUCCUGCAUGUGGAAAAAACACAGCAUAUUGAUAAAGAAAAAAAAAAAAAUAUGAAAUGAAUUGAAGUGGUAUUGGGGCCUGGAGUGGCCCUUUAAGUCUGGGUGAUUGAGACAGAACUCAGAAUUGUUGUUAGUCGUGCCUGGUUGAUUUAUUUCUCUUUGUUUCAGAGGGAAACCUCCAUAACCCGGCCCUGUUUGAAGGGAAAAAUCCUGUGGUUUGGGAAAUGGCAGAGGAAUAUUUUGAGCUUGUCCAGCAAUUCCCAUGCCCUCUGUCCUUCGUGCGAGCUCACCUGUUCAAACUUUGGCAUCACGCGUAAGUCUAUGUUUAUCUUUAUUCAUUUAAAGGGAAAUUGCAGUUAGUGGAAAAACUGAAACAAUAUUCCUGUUCUCCUCAAUGUAUUGCAUGCACUGUCUGAACUGAAUGGUGGUCACUGGUUAAAGGCAUCAAAACAACUUUAGCCUAAUGAAGCAGUUUUAUUAAGAUCAUGUCCCUGUAGACUAACUGCUCAAUUCUCUGCCAUUUAGGAGUUAAAUUCAUUUUGUUCCUGUUUAUGCAGCCCUAGCCAAACACCCCUGGCUGUGAUUGACACAAUUUGGUGAAAAAAAUGGUUCAUUUUCAAUCAGACAUUAAGUUACUUUAGAAGUUAUCUUCUGCUCUGUAAAUGGGAUCUUGAUCAGACACAGGAGGCUCCUGCAAGAUCAAGAAAGCUAUUUAUAGAGCAGGAGAUAAGAAAUGCUAAAUUAAACACACUAUUCAAUAAGGGACAUUUAAGCAGUAAAUCUCUUUGCAGGAAGUGCUUUGGCAGGCUGUGCACCAUACAUGCAGGGAGGUGUGACUAGAGCUGUAAAAACAAAGUGACUUAUCUUCUAAAUGGCAGACAAUAGAGCAGUGAGGCCACUGGGGCAUGAUUUAUACACCAAAACUGCUUCAUUAAGCUAAAGUUGUUUUGGUGCCUAUAGUGUCGCUUUAAAACAUAUAUUAUACAUUUCAAAAGAUAUGGUGAAUCGUGGGGGGUGGGGAGGGGGUGGCAUUUUGCCAAGUUACAGGGGAUUUUCAGUAUUGUAUUCAGUGGUUUUAAUAACCAUUAUGCAAAGCAGGGGUGCCCAUUGCAUUUCUAUCCAUUAGAGAUGUUGUGUUUUGGGAAUGUAAAUCUUCGAAUCUGAAUUUGAAUGUAAUGUCUCCAGCCCAUUAUAUUUAAAUUUAGGAAGAAAGGUCUCCAGACUUGAUUUUAAUUACGCCUUUGUGACUCUGAUCAGUUAAUGCUAUGGUGUUUAUUUAAACGGCGCAAAACAUUGGGCUGCGUUUAUUAAAGCAGAACUAAAUGCUAUUCUCUGGUAGAGGGCUAACUUAUGUCUCUGAGCAUGAAACACAUUUUCCCAGAAGAGCACCUGUUUUUGUCUUGAUAAAUAUGGCUGUUUUACUGAGUCAUGGGGCUUUAUCCGUGUUUAUUACCCAUACAAACUAAAUCUGCAAGCAACUCACCGGUUAAUAUCUGGGUGCUUUGCAAACAUCCCAACAAAAGUUUGGCUGGCUGAGCAUAGUAGGAGUUGUAGGUAAUCACUGCAGCCGGUUUCUCCAGUUCUCUUUCCUUAGGUUAAACCGUCAGCUGUACUAGGUGUCUGUAAGGAGAGUUAUUCUGGGAUAUAUUUAAACUAAAUUCUCCAGAGGUUGACCUUUUGAAAUUUAAAUAGUCGUAUAAUAAUUUCCUGGUGGUUGAGAUAAUGAGGAUUCCUUGCCCUGCGCGUUCCACUCCUGACGACGCUGUGCCGAGGCUAUUCUCAGAACUUUCUUUACAGCGAGCUCCCCAGAGACAUUAAAUGCGUAUUUCCUUUUCUCUGAAGCCUUUCAUUGCAGAUGUAAUGUGAUCAGGACAGCCAUGUUAGGAUUGGCUCAUUCAGAUCUAAUGAAGGAUUACAUAAGGAAGCUUCAGACUACAAAGUAACGGCAUGAGACGCCGGCUCACUAUCAAAGGAAGAACCUGUUUGAUUAGAGCUUAUUUGGAUUGUCUGGUGCAGAUCUCAUGCUUACAUGUUGACGCGUGUAUCCUAAUCUACACUUCUCCAUUGUUUGAAAUCUUAAGAACGGAAUGGAUUUCUGUUUCUUAAAAUGUGUGGUCCUUGGAUUAAAAUCCCCUCCACUCUGACUUUAAAAAUCAAGCAAAAAUAUAGGUCUUGAUUUGAAUAAUUUUGGAUACACUUUUCAAUCCGGUUUAUAUAUAAAAAAAAAUAUAUAUAUAUUUUAAUAUAUUGUAAUGUGUUCAAACGUUUAUGCGAAAAUGUUACAAUCAAGGCUAGAGUUGGACUUAGAAUUAAAGGCUUGAACAUUACUGUGAAUGGGAUGAUGGGCUUGGGUGCUGUUGGCUAUAAGGGAGGCAUGUUUUUAGGAAGUACUUGGUGAUUACUUUGAUUUGUGGGUCUUAUCACAAGUUUAGGAGGGAUGAGAGCUCAGGCUCCAAGGGGUAAUUUCUGUCCACUUUUUCUUUUUUAUUGUACAAAUUAAGGUUGAUGUCCAUCUUAAAAUCUGGGUGCUCAUCCAUGUCAUAUUUGUUUCUAAAAUGCAUUAAAUAAAGGUAAAUAUAAUCAAUGUGUCAUUUCAUUAAAGUUGGCCACUUUCACACAAAAAAACUCUCUUGCGCAUCUCUGUAUGUUGUGGGUUUUUGCUGGAGUCUGUCUGUACAUUGACUUUAAUAGCUUGAAAACGGACAGGAUUUGUAUAUAUUUCUUUAUUUAUUUAUUUAUUUUUUAUUCUUUGUGCACAAGAUGACACCAGAGGUCGUGUCGCCACGACAACAUUUGCGUAUAGUAGGAACAGCAUAAUAAACAAUAUGUACAUAGCGUGGAACAGAGGCACAGUUUUGAUAUUACAUUAACUUGUAUAAAAUGACGGUGCGUAGUAGGGGUCUGCAGUAAUCGUGCGGUCAGGCCAAGGUUGUUUGAGACUGUCCACAAGAGCUGUUAUAGAGCUAGUGUCCGUGUGGGUCAUGUCUACGUAUCUAGUAGCCUGGCCUGAUCAUCCCUUCGGGCGGGGUAUGGGUAUAGGGCCGUUGCAGUUAUGUGCUACUGGUUUUGAAAGGUAAUUAUGAUCGCAAUCGCAUGUGGUGGGGCCAAUCAUUGGCUCCCUCUCGCUAUUGGGGGUCGCGUUUGUAAGUCUCCAACGGAGCUAGUAUGAGUCCCUCUUAUUGGGUUCUGGUGCUAUUAUCAGUGUCCUGCCAGUUUCCGCCCCUAACCCACCACCCCCCUCUAUUACUCCGCCCUUUGUAGCCGGGUGACAAGGCUGCUGUUAGCUUCCUAUAUCGAUCUGCGCUUAUGGGUGCUAUUUGUGUGUGUUAGGGGGCCCCCUGAGGAGACAGGGGCCAAAGAGAGUAAGAGAGAUAGAUGUUUUAAGAGGAAAAUAGAAGUAGUGAGAGAGCAGGGGAGGGAGAGAGGGGGUUAAGAGGCAAGGCUCUGGGCAGGCAGGCAGGGGCAGAGGGCCGGGGGAGGCGGAGGACAGGGGCAGGCUUCCAAGGCAGGACCGCAAGGAGGGCGGUGACCCGUACCAUCUGCGCCUCCGCUCAGUCUGCGAAUUGGCUCCCUCUCCAGGGCUCCCAAGUCCUCGCAAACCGCAUCCCCCCGUACCCUGCACCCAUGCAGUAAGGUCGUCCAUGAGGCAGUUGUCUUUUAGGAUUUUUAUUUUUGAAUGUAGAAGAAAAUCCGGUUCUCUUUAAUAUGUGUAACCAGGGUUUGUUUUACGAGCCCUGAAACCAUAAUGAUUUAUUAAUUUUUAUUCUGUUGUGAUGCACAGAAGGCUAAUAAUGUGUGAAGCCGUAAUACAAACGCACAGCCCAGUGGAUUGCUGUGACGAGUUAUCUGAAGCUUGUAACGCGUCUGUAUUUUCUCGUUAGCAAGCUGAUCGAUCCAUGUCAGCUGUCAUAUCUCCUGUGCUUCAGUCUGCAGAUUUAUCAGGACCUACGGGACGAACUUGCCAAAGCAAAGACUCUAGAAGGAAUUAUCGCAGUCAAUCAAGCGCUGAAGGGCAAGUGCCAGGUAUAGCAGAGCAUGUGAUUGCACGCAGUCAGUGUACUCUUAACAGCGUUAUAGACUAAACUGUGACUUGUCAGGAUUUGAACAUAAAUUUAAAAUGAGGUCAAAACAACCUAACAGCAGAUUUUUAUAUAUCAAAUACUUUGGCCUAAACGAGUGUUGGUUUGUACUAUAUUACUAGAUGUGUAUGUGGUUUUGUCUAUAGGAGGAAAGACUUAAUAAACUUGUCGAAGAUGAUAUCGCCGGAGAAUUACCUUUCCCACACUGGAUCUGCCAGCCGUAUGUCCGGCCACUGUAAGUAUUGUUUCAUGAUCAGCCAGGACAAGUGGGGCUUAGAACCAAAAAAUAUAUAUUUUAUUUGUAAUAUCCACAAAAAUUUUCUUUUUUUUCUUAACUUAUUUUUUUUUACUCUGCGUGUGUUUCAAGGUCACCUUGACUUUAACAUGAUUUAACUAUUUUGUGGAUCCCCACACAUCUUAAAACACUGGAUGUCUUUUUUAAAUCAAAUCUAAAGACUAACCAAUGCUAAAUUAAUUGUACAAAGUUGUGAUUGCAAAUAGCAGUUAGUGUCAAUGCUUUCUUUGGUAGUCAAUUAUUUUCUCAAAUGGCUUGUGAAGUUCGUUAAUUUACAUAAUUAAUUACCUAUAUGACCAAUUUCUUGGUAAAGGCCAAAGCUUAUUACAAAGGAAGAGAGCGGAGGCUGUGGAAAACGUGCUCUAGAGGACGAGGAAGAGGGGAAUUCAGAUCAUAUUUCAAAGAACAAACAGAAAAAGAAACUGCGGCACCCCAAUAAAUGCUUUGACCCUUCAUUAAAGCGUAAGUUAUAUGUAUGAGAUCUGCCUGACUAAUGGUCAGCUUUGUACCCCAGAUUUCUGUGGACCAUAUCCCCCAUGAUGCUCAGCUGUUUUUCCUGUGCUUCAGACUUUAGCCAUCCUUAAAAUUAUUUGCCUGAUCUACUUUCCAAGGAGCACCACAACCACUACAGCAUGUGUCUGGGCACAUUGUAGAAUUUAUUGUAAAUCCCCUUAGUGACUGGGCCACAGGCGGUCUCUUUCCCAUCUUUACAUGAGCGCAAACCCUGGCGUUAAUGUCGCAAGUGACUGUUCCUCUGUUAAUGAAUUUGAAACACCUGUGGAAUAACCUUUACAACGAUGCUGCCCUGAACCAUUCGUUACAUGGAGAACUUCCAGCAUAAACUAGCUUGAGAUCUAUAGGUUUCUAGCAAAUGUUUUUUAAAAGUGCUAUUGCAACCAGUCUUAUUAUAUUUUAAGAAGUUGUACCAGGUUUACUAAUUCCAUGCUGUAACUGGUUUGUUGAACUUAUUGAAUAUGAUUUCCUGGGCUUAAAAUGGAUUUAAUUUUUUGUCUUUUAGCUAAAUAUGCAAAAUGUGACCAGUGUGGAAACCCCAAGGUGAGUGACAGGAAAUAUUUUUUGAAUGAUUCUCCCAUUUUCUUUUUUAUUUUUUUUUAUUUUUUAUUUUUGCAGUGCAGAAGUUUGGUACAGACAGGCUCAAGGUACCCCAAAGGCAUUCCUCGAGCUUUGUUACAGAUUUCACAAGUGGGGUAAAGAUAAGUAGUGCACAGUUUUAAAUGUAUUAUAACAGGUGUAGGCGAAAACAUUAUGCUUUUGUUGGUAUAUAUUGUGUUGAGGUGACUAAUUGUUUCUGUGUCCGACAUGCUUUGCCAACCCUGCGCCGUAAAGAGCGGAGUAGUGGAGGUGUUUUGAGUGAGCCCAUAGUGUGUAGCUUGCUAUCUUAUGAGUUGCCUGAUUACGUUCUACAGGUGUAGUAUUAGUACUCAUGUUUAAAGGGUUGACGUAAAGUGCACGUCUAUUGCCUAGUGUUUGUAAGGAAGAGACGUGUGGUGUCCACUUUUUGAGCAGAUAUAUGUGAAGGCUGGUCUUUGUGCUCUAACAGGCUAGGUAGUCCCCCCACGUUAGGUACAUGUAUAAAGUAAGUUACUCAGACAAGUUUAGCAAACAUAGUAUACUGAAUAGGUGCAUAUUGGGUUACUCCGGUAUACCAGGAGAAACAGAUCAUGCCAAGAGUGGAGAAGACAUUCACAUAUUGGGCUAUACUGGCGAUCUAAACUAACGCAUCCUGUUAAAUAAUAAUAAGUAAAGGUAUUAGGCUGCCCUAGUGGGCCAGUGAAACAUGUCCAGCUAGUACCAGCUACAUAAUAGAUUACCCCGGCAAGCCAGUCAUCGACAGUGUCCAAGUCCUGUUGGGUGCCUCCUGUAAUGUAUCGGUGCAGGAAGGAUUUGGCAGUAGCCUGCAGCAUCCCGCUUCUGUGCGCUCCGUGCCGGCCCUCAGCCCACUCCAUUCCGAGGCUGAGCUGUAGAUUCUUUCGCUGUAGGGGAGACAACCGGAGAGGAGGCGACAGAGCGGUGGUGCAGGGUGGACUCUCGCUGUGCUGGAGCCUUCCAUGCGUCGAGAGGGGCCCCUUGCUGGCCGGCUGUCGGUAUGUAGCGUGGUGUCUUCAUUGAUGGUCGGGGUGUUGUGUGUCGCAGCACUUUGUGUGGGUGAUCGGUGUGUCAGAGGCACAUGCUUCAGUGCCCUGUUUUGCCGUGGGUUAUUCCGUGCUGUGGUUGCUGGUUUGCCGCGUCCCCGCUUUUCCCGUCUGUUGCAGGCCUGCUCCUAUGUCGCAGCCAUAUUCCAGUGCUGUGACCUUUGGGGUAAACGUUGUACUGGGAUAUCUUGACGGGUGUUUACCGGUGGUCGUUGUGGGACUUUGGUUUGCUCGCGCCCGGUUGCUUUAUUGUAUUUUGUGGGUACCUGGGGGCUGCAGUUUAUCUUGCAAGUUUCGAUGCACGUGGCGUCCGCCAUCUUAGGUGGGGUGCCCAGGCCGCAGAUCAAGCUGGUAGUACUGCUGGGCCCCAGUUGCAUUGCCGCUCUCAGGGUCACAGGGUGGGGACCGGGAUCACCCCCACCGGUCCGGGGGGGGGGGCAGAGCCAGGUUCUCGCCGGUCCGGACCUCUGGCCAGGCACUGUCAGGCAGGAUAGCAGGACAGCGGCCGUCUGCCCUACUCACCGCCAAAGAAGGCCCCAUCUGGAGCGACAAUUUCUCCCCCAGGGGACUGCAACUCGGGGAGUCAGCCUCUCCCUGGGUCCAGUGGUCCCAGCACACUGAGGACCAGUGCUGUCGGUCUGCCAGCUCAGAAUAUAUCAUGCUUUAAGGGCUUAUAGGGUGGAAAUUUGCAGGAGCUGAAGUUGCUUGCCACCAUCCUGCUCGGCGGUCCGGCCCCGCCCCCGAUUCUCCCAUUUUCUAUUACCUAAAUAUCUUGCAGUGGCCAUGGUCUGGGGAGUUUAUGGGCCCCUUCCAAUCCCCCCAAAAAUGUAGAUUAAACGGAACAUGGGAGUUUAACAAAGUUAUUCAGUUAUUAGACCAAAACAGCUGAACUGGCAGCAUUGGAGUGUUUUCAGUUUGACGUUAAAUUUUAAACUCGCUUUUAGAAUUUUUGACAAUUCUCACUUUAGUGAAUCAUCCUGCCUGGCUUUUCAUUUAUGGGAAAAGUAUUAAAAAAACACAGUUAAACUUGCCUUCAUUCUACCACUAGGACAUACUAAUCAUGGAUUUCAAUUGUCCUAUUGUAAUUACCGUCAUUCUACCACUAGGCAAUACUCCUCAUGGCUUUCAACUGUCCUAUUGUAAUUACCUUCAUUCUACCACUAGGCAAUACUCCUAAUGGCUUCCAACUGUCCUAUUGUAAUUACCGUCAUUCUACCACUAGGCGAUACUCCUCAUGGCUUCCAACUGUCCUAUUGUAAUUACCUUCAUUCUACCACUAGGCAAUACUCCUCAUGGCUUCCAACUGUCCUAUUGUAAUUACCUUCAUUCUACCACUAGGCAAUACUCCUAAUGGCUUCCAACUGUCCUAUUGUAAUUACCGUCAUUCUACCACUAGGCAAUACUCCUCAUGGCUUCCAACUGUCCUAUUGUAAUUACCUUCAUUCUACUACUAGGCGAUACUCCUCAUGGCUUCCAACUGUCCUAUUGUAAUUACCGUCAUUCUACCACUAGGCAAUACUCCUCACGGCUUCCAACUGUCCUAUUGUAAUUACCGUCAUUCUACCACUAGGCAAUACUCCUCACGGCUUCCAACUGUCCUAUUGUAAUUACCGUCAUUCUACCACUAGGCAAUACUCCUCACGGCUUCCAACUGUCCUAUUGUAAUUACCGUCAUUCUACCACUAGGCAAUACUCCUCAUGGCUUCCAACUGUCCUAUUGUAAUUACCGUCAUUCUACCACUAGGCAAUACUCCUCAUGGAUUCCAACUGUCCUAUUGUAAUUACCGUCAUUCUACCACUAGGCGGUACUCCUCAUGGCUUCCAACUGUCCUAUUGUAAUUACCGUCAUUCUACCACUAGUCAAUACUCCUCAUGGAUUCCAACUGUCCUAUUGUAAUUACCGUCAUUCUACCACUAGGCAAUACUGCUCACGGCUUCCAACUGUCCUAUUGUAAUUACCGUCAUUCUACCACUAGGCAAUACUCCUCAUGACUUCCAACUGUCCUAUUGUAAUUACCUUCAUUCUACCACUAGGCGUUACUCCUCAUGGCUUCCAACUGUCCUAUUGUAAUUACCUUCAUUCUACCACUAGGACAUAUUCCUCAUGGCUUCCAACUACUCUACAAACAAAAAACACAAACUACUAAAUUAAACAUGCAUGAAUUUUCACCUUUCCUCUUAUUUGCAGUGCCCAUGAAAGUGUUUCUAACAUCAGAAUAGGUUAGGUUGAUUCCUCCUCACUUACCAAGUCUGUUGGGAACCCACUUAUCAUUGACCACUGGCUUUAGAAAAAGUAAAGCUAAUCCCUUGGUCAUCCACACUUUAGUAGAAGGUGCCUGUCCAUUUCUGAGAGUCAGUGGAAGAGUGAGCCACAGUAACGGAGGAGAUAUCUGACAGACUUGGCGGGGUACCUAUGGGUUAAUAUUUGCAUGGUUUUCCUGUUUCUCCAGUUCUUACUUUCUUCUUCUGAUCUUCUCACUAGGGCAAUAAGUGCGUAUUCCAUCUGUGUCGCAGCUGCUGCAAGAAACAAGCAUUCAGGGAAAUGUCAGACUGUGCAGGUGAGCUACUAGCAGCUACCGCUGGGAACAUUAUCUGAAACGCUCCCCGCUGCAGCUUUUAGUCUGUUAAUGACGCUGGAAUAGUUUCAGGUCUAACCUUUCCGAGUAUUCCAAUCAUUAUGGUUUGUCCAGUUCUGUAUCAGAGAGGAUUUUAAAAUAGUAAAGAAUUUGAUGCUAAUGUCUGCCUGAAUUGAAUUUGUGCGCAGUGUGUGUUCUAGGGCAAUAUACAGAACAUUUAGAUAAAGCCUUAGAAUUUCUACAGUAUGUUUUUGUUCCCCUUUCUUAGAAUUUUCUAUAGAUAAUUAGAAAAUGCAAACUCCUACUUGUAAAAAGAACUCUAGUGGUUAUGGUGGCAGGAGUGUCUUGCCACCAUUUAGAAACAUUCUGACAACUUGGGGUUUGCACGGUUCCACUAACUGCAUCCCCUUGAAGCUGAAAGUUCCUGCAAAGGUUUUAAAAGGAGCUUUCUACUUAAGGAGUAGUGGCUGCCUAGUUGACCCCAGGUAAGUUGUCAAACUGACUACUAUGGGAGGACGCAUUAGGACAAUACUGCUAGCAUAACUACAGCAUGUAUAGUGCUAGAAGCCCCUACUGUUUGGCUCUCUGCUGAUUUCGUCAAAGGAAGUUUUCCUGUCCUCUUUAGCGAUACCAAAUUCAGAAGUCCUUCGUUGGCUUAGUCAUGUCAGCUAAGAAAUCUAGAAAGUGACUGAUACAGUGUUGUUUUAUUGCAUUAGUCUGACUUAGUGUGUCUUCACUAAACGUUAGUCAUUGCAAGUCUGUAAUCCUUUUUUUUUUUUUUCUUAAACCUUAUAAAGAAUAUCGAUAAAUCCCUAGCUGUAUCCUUUAUAUUCCUCCCAUGAUUUGGGGAAAUCAUACAGAUCUGUAUUCGCAAGGCAGCUUUGUGUUUUUUAAAUAAACAUCUCAAAAUUCCUGGAAAAUCUCUUUACAUUUCUUCUCUUCCAGGUCACGGACUGCUUUUUAAAACCAAAUAUGAGAAGUCCAUUCAGUUUAAAAGUGUCCAAAACGUGGAGGAUAUCGAACAGGGUUUAACGGAAUCCAAACUCCUCCAACCGCCCCCUGAGAUAAAAGCCUGAAUUCUGUUGGAGGGACAAGCAGUUCUGGAGCCUCUGACUGGGUUUCACUUGCUCAUUACUCAGGGAAAUAGUCUGAGUUUACAGUGUGUCGGGGGCGGCUUUGCUCCUGCUACGGUUAUAGGCCACGGUACACUUCAUUGCUGCAUUCGGACGGUUUAGGGUUUUAUGGUUUUGGGGUUUUUAGCUUUGCAAGGGAUGCUAUGGAUGUAGGAGAGAAGCAGCUCACCCUCUGCCUUUUUCCCCUUUUUUUACGUGCUGCCCCUGGCCUGCACUGACUGAUAAGAAACUGGAUAAAGGAGGAGCAGCUAGCAUUUUUAAUGGUUGGUAUCGGGGGUGGGAUGGGGCCUAUAAAUAAAUCUGUUGUAUACUUUAUUC